UAAUUAAUUUCCCUAAUAAUUUCCGACAUGUAUUUUAAAGCUAAAAGAAAAAGUUGUUCAAUAUCAGGAUGCUUACAAGAAAGAAAGCUAAUGAGGACUACCCUGUUGAUGAAAAGAAAGGUACCCAAAAGAGGAAAAGAGAGGGCUCUGACAUAGAAUAUGAGAGCAAGAAAAUGGUAAAAAAAGAAGAAUUCCCUGUAAAGACUGAAGAUUCAGAUCAUGUUGACAGUGAUGAAUAUUCUGACUUUGAAGAAUUUGAUUCUUCUCGAUAUGAUAUCUCUGAAUAUGAACUUUUGCGGAAAAAAAACAUUGAAAAGAAUAUGGAGAUGUUUGAGGAGUUCAAUGUUUCACAGGCAAAGCAUGAAUUUAAUAUGACUUCAAAGAAGAAGAAGACAGUAAGCGUUGAAGUAGUUGGUUUACAAAGCAAAAAAGAAAAAGUUGUAAGGCCUACCAUACCAACAAGGAGGUCACUUCGCAUUCAAAAGCUGGAAGCUGAUCCAAUAUCAUUUCAACCACAUUAUGUUUUUGCUGACCCUAUCGUUGAACAUGAACGUAAGCCUGAAAAAAUGUCUAUGGAAGUUAUCAAUGAUAUAGAAAAAUCUGUAUGUGACUCUGCAGUCAAGACAUGGAGUACAAUAAACAAGGUUAAAACUGACAACAACAACAACAUUGGAUCUGACUUUAAAAGAUAUCAAAAAGAUGUCAAAGCUCUUGUAGUUCAACAUGUUGGCAAAGUGACGAAACAUCGGAUUUUUUCUCUCGCCAUACAUCCAAUGCAGGAGAAAGUGUUGGCUGUUGCUGGUGACAAGCGGGGUGGAGUUGGCAUUUGGGACGUGGAUUCUAACAAUGGAAAAAAUGAAGUCUUUCUGUUCGAACCUCAUUCCAGCCCAAUAAACUGUUUGAAAUUUGCACCGUUCGAUUGUAACAAGUUAUUUUCAUGCAGUUAUGACGGUACGAUACGUUUUGGAGAUUUUCAGCACCAAAGCUUUACACAGGUUUAUGGCUUUGAUGAGGACGAAGAUAAAAGAUUUAAUUAUUUUGCAUGGCCAAGGAAUAAACCAGAUAUGCUACUAGCAGCAGCUAGCACUGGACAACUACUUCAGAUCGAUACUAAGUCCGGAAAAGCUGAGAACACAUAUAAGCUGCAUCAAAAGAGUCUGCGUUGUGUGGACUGUCAUCCGCUUAAAGACGAAAUAUUUGUUGCAGCCUGUUUCGAUGGAACUGUUGCAACAUGGGAUUUGCGAAUGAUGUCACACCAAAACAACAAUUUCUUAUCCUCCUUCUGUGCUGGAAAAUCUGUGUCAACUUGUUUUUUAUCACCUGAAAGCGGUGAUAAAUUAUUGCUGACCUCACAAGAUAACUAUUUACGGGUAUUCGAUGUCAAAAAAGAUGGAUGCUUCACUACACCCCCAACGUGGCCAAUACGCCACAACAACUUUACUGGGCGUUGGUUGACUACAUUUCGAGCUUGUUGGGAUCCCAAAACAGAUAACUGUUUUGUUUGUGGUAGUAUGUCACAACCUAGACAGAUUGAUAUUUUUGGAUGCGGAUUGAAUGGUCAACUUUUGUCCUUUAAUCUUCAACAUGAAUAUCUGACAUCAGUUGGAUCUGUAAAUGUUUUUCAUCCAGUUAAUAAUGUACUUAUAUCAGGGAAUGCUUCAGGAAAAGUAUUUAUCUGGAAAUGAAUAUUCGUCUAAAAUACGUUAUAUCAUUAUUUCUUGUCAAUAAUUUUUUAGUACUUCAUACCCCUGAAAGUAACAUUUUUUAAUGUCAUAUACACGGCAUGAUGUGAGAUAUUCGCUAAAAACGCAACAAGAGUAUAAUACGUACUUUUUAUGCUACAGUAUUUAUAUUUUUAUUGUUGUUCUUUUUUACUAAAUACUACACAGUGAUAUUAUGUACAAAUGGAUUUCAAAAUUAGAUUUAAUUUUAACUUCCUUAUCUAGUACUUAUAGUACUGACAAAAACAUUUUAUUUGAAUACUGACCCUAAACAUGCAUACAUGGAAAUAAAAAUAUUCCUUUAUACAAACAUAGUCGUCCCUUUUUAAAAAAAUAAGUUAUUAAUUUGCAUAUUUGUUCCCAAUCCCCUGUCCCACCUUACCACAAUUGUUUUUAGUUACACCCUUCAAAAUUUUAUUUGGUCCUGCUUGUAAUAAGUAUCCAGAUAAAUAUGUGUACAUCUUUCUUUUGCUACUAAAUUUUAAGGCAUUCUAAUAGUGACUUUUCGCUACUACAAAAAAGGAACGUAACAAAACCGAAACUGUUUUUGAUUGGUGGACAGAUUUUUAUUUUCUGUGUCAAUCUAAUUCUGGGGCCUGAGAAAAAUAACAGAAACAAUCAAUUUGUAACAUGUCUGCUUUAUUUAUGUCAAAACAAAAAAUCGUUCAGUCAGAGGCCAUCCUCAUUAUUUUCUUAUCCUACAAAACAUAACACUAGAAAGUAUUCAUUUAUACAGUUAUGGUAAUGUUUUUUUCUUCUUAAUGUUUACCGAAAAUGGCUGACCAAUUAAUAAAUGGUUUCACAUUAUUUUGUAAAUUGUUGAUUUUAUAAACUUGUAGUCAUUUUUAUUGUAAUUUAUUUGUUUUAUUUGUACUUUGUUUGUAUGAAAGAUCUUAACUAG